AGUCGUUUCCAUUAACCCUUUGGUGUUUACCCCACGAUCGACAUCUUCCUCGCAGGCAAACAAGGCUUUUGGGCCCGUGCUGUUCAGUCAAGGUUAAAAAGAUGGGAAAUGCAGAAAGCAAUGCCUAUCAGAAUCACCUUUCCAGAUUUCUUCCUGAGGAGCAGUCUGACAUCGACGGAGUAUUUGAUACCUUAUCAGGAUUGAGUGGCUCAUCUGGAGCAAAAAAUGGCAAAGCUACAAAGAAAACAGUGACUCUGGCAGCACUACAGGCGUAUACGCGGGAGCCAUUACCAGAGCAAAUGACUGUUCGGUUAUACAACGGAAUGAAAAGUAUUGACCUGACUGGGAAAUCAUCCGGGCUGAGCGAACAGAUUGCUAAGGAGCAGUUUGUAAUUUUUAUGUCAAACCUCUUAAAAGGGAAUGCAGAUGAGAAGAUUACCAUAGUAAUGAGAAUGAUCUCCAAGACAGGAGGGCCUGUGAAGGGCAAACAAAUCCAAGAGUUCACAGAGGAUCUGAUCAUGUCUGUAGUCCAUGUACUGAGCUACAGGAAGGAACUGAAAGGUUGGAAUUUGGAGAAUACUGGGGAUUCUGCAAGCGGAGUAAAGGCUCUGGCUUCUCAGCUGCUAUCGGAAUUGAAGCUUUCAGAUGGGACAAAACCUGUGGGUCCUCAGCUGAUGGAGACAAAUUUUGAUCAAAGUGUCAUUGAGGAUUGGGUGUACCGAGUUCCACAGAUCUCAGUAUUCCUCAGUGUUGUUAUCAGGCAAGGCCUCCAUGUUCUGCAUUCUCUCCCAGACCAAACCAAAGACAUAGUCAAUCUGGUUCCAGGCUGCAAAGGCAUCAAAGGAAGAGGACUUGUCAGUCUCUUUGACAUCCCAUCCAUCAUAUACAUCAACUCCCAUCUGCCUGCAGAGCUACAGCACAAGUGGCGGCUUUUAUUUUCUUCCAGGCUUCAUGGAGAAAGCUUUUCGCAGUUAUGUGGGCAUAUAGUGAACAAAGGUCCUUGCAUAGUGAUCUUAAAGGACUUAGAUGGUUAUAUCUUUGGUGGGUUUGCAUCUCACUCCUGGGAGGCGAAGCCACAGUUUCAAGGUGACAACAGAUGCUUUCUGUUUUCCGUUUUCCCCUCUCUUGCUGUGUACACAUACACAGGGUAUAACGACCACUACAUGUAUUUGAACCAUGGCCAACAAACAAUGCCAAAUGGACUUGGUAUGGGCGGACAACACGGUUACUUCGGGCUCUGGAUAGACAGCGACUAUGGGAAGGGACACAGUAAAGCAAAACCUCGAUGUACCACCUACAACAGUCCCCAGCUGUCAGCUAAAGAGGAUUUUACACUGGAUGCCAUGGAAGUUUGGGCAGUGGGAGACCUCCCUGAAAGUGCAGGGACAAAAGGCAAGAAGAGUAUCCUGGAUGUAGAUCCUGAGGCUCAGGCCUUAUUAGAAAUGGCUGGAAAAAGUCGUCAGAGUGAAGGUCUGCGAGAACCCAUUGAAGAUGAGGAUGAUGAUGAUAACUAAAAGAAUCACAGUAACAUGAAAAAACUUCUUUUUGUUUUCUCCUGAGUGUUAAUGUUCCUUGGACAGGAUAUUAUUUCCUUAUUUUUUUUCUCCUUACAUUUACCUAAUUAUCUGGGACAAAGCUUAAACCUCAUACUUAUGUAAUAUUUAGGUCCAAUACAGUAUCCUGGGGAGGACAGAAAAAUUACCUAGGUACUUAAUCAUUAGAUAUCUCUAAGUUCUAGCUGAAUAUGAAUUUGCUAGCGUUCCUUACAGAUCCUAUCUGCAUACAGAAUUAAAAACAAAAGGUGAAGUUAUUGACAGCAUGGCUUAAUGACUUGGAGAACUGAUAUGUAUUUAUAUAAAGACUGUUCAAGACACUGAUAAAGGCUCUUAUACCUCAACUGUAUAUAUUUAUUUGCAUGCCAUGAAAUUAGUCAGUGAAGCUUGCAAUUUGUAAUAAUGUCUUACACUGAUAAACAUAGAAUAGCACACAUGAUUCCAUAUAAAGGAUGCUAUUCGUUUGCAUUGCUCCAGUUAAAGCAUUAAAUUUCAUGUUUUCCAAGUCAGAUUUUCAGCAAGUGACUCUCUAUGGGCUGUAAGAUGUCCCGCAUGCUAUGUAUACAGCAUCCAGUUUUAUAAUACUACACUACACUGCUCCUUAGUGCAUUUCACUUCAGAUUUUUCUGCAGAAAUUUGCCUAGUGCUUUUUAAACUUAGAAGAACAGAACCAUUGGAGUCAUUCAGCCAUAUUUAUCCUAAGAAUGAGCCAUACCUCCAGCAGAAAUUCGCUAGGGAAGGUACCUUCUUUAGUAGCCUCACUUGAGAGCUGGACUACAAGAUCAGGCUGUAAAAAGGAUUGAGUAAGAAGCAUCCACAGUUAAUUGGGAAUAGAAUCUGCAGAUACCUUGUAAAAAAAAAAAAAAAAUCAGGAUUAUGUCUGUACUAUGUUUAAAGACGACUGCUAUACACUCUAUUUCCACACAAUUAAUCAUUACUAUAAUACGGAAAAAAAUGCCUGCGAUGUGAAAUUUAGCUAGUUUUGCUCUGUUUUCUUGGCCCUUCACCAGCUGACGCCAGUUUUACCGGGUCUCUUGCACUCAGGGCUUUUUCUACUUGAAUCCAUUCACAUCUAUCAGUAGUUUGACCUUGCUAAGUCUAUGUGUAAUUAACUUGUCAAAAUAACCAUAAUUUCUACCAGGGACUGUCAUUUCUAACUCAGCAAAUUGUGUUUGGUUAUUGGAAUGUAUGACUGUCUUUCUCCUCCUAAGGAGAAGGACCGUAUCAAGUCCCCUUUGUCCUAGCAUGAGUUUGUCUUCCAUGCAGCUUAGAGAAAAAACUGUGCUGUUUUAUAAAAUUACUGCGAUUCCUGAUCAUGUGGCCUUCCUUCAAAUUCCUUCCCUUAGUGUUUUCUUGUGUGUGGUCUUUUUUUUUUUUUCCACCUGAUGUUUUUCAUAGGGAGCCAGAUUUGAAUAUGCUGAAUAAUCUGCAUAUGUGCCUUAAUGUAGAUCCUUUUAUUAAUUUUAUUGAACGAUAUUAAUUUAGCCUUGAAAGGAGAGCAUGAAGAAAUCACUCCAGCCAGACAUCCUAGAACUCAGCCGUGCAUUUUGUAUGCUUCCUGAACUAAUGAUUGGGGCAUAUAUGCAGAGUAUGCUGUGAAGGGCCUGAGCUCAUGUCCUUGUAUCUUGUAUUUGCUUAAGUAAACCAGAUAGUCUCGCAAGUUUGUAACACAUAGGGAAAAAUGUAAGCAUUAAAACAAUUACACCGAUACUUUUGUACAAUUUUCUUCUCUCUAUAUUUUAAUACGAGUUUUAAAUGGUACAAAGUAGGGAGUGCUAUACAGACAGCAAGUAAGUACAAGAUGCUCUCUGUAAGUGUGGUGAUGCUGGCUUUUGUUUUAACAUUCUCCCACCGUAAGUCUCAGAGGUAUUCCUCACUUAGGCACCGACUAAGCAGACCAAAUACUUGAAGUGGAUGGCAUACAGGAAUGGGACAUAGUUGAAUUUCUGCCGUUACAUGUGAAAUAAGCAACUAGACUUCCUUUUCCUUCCGUUACAAGGCAGAGACUUUUCUUUGAGGACUGAAAACAUCUGCAAGGAUUUUUAAAAAAAAAUAGUGAGCAGACACCUUUGCAGACUACCUCUGGGGAGGGUGGCUGGCACAAAGCUACUCUUCACCAAAAAAAUGUCAGUGGCCAAGUUUUCUUUUAUUUAAGAUAAGUAUCAGUAUGGCUGGUUCUUUCUAGGCUAUGAAUCCAAAAUGUAAUCCCGUUUAAACGCCAUCUUGUGAAGAUCAGCGUAGUCUUUUGACCUCUGUAAUUGUGUUUCAUGACAAGUUUGUACUCAGGACUAUUCAUCUUCACUUUGAAGUGAAGGUGUUAAGCUGGGGUAAGAAGAAAACUGACACUAGGGCACUUUUACCAAAUGUAUCAGUGAAGCAUCGUUUACUCAAAACUACUGAUUCAACCAGCAGAUGGGAUUAUUCAAAAUUGUUAUUUAAAAGUAAAAAAUUGGCUUGGAAGAGACUCAAGUUGUUUUUUUUCUGAACCUAAUGAUUAAGCAAUCUGUGCUUUGUUUUCGUGCAUCUAAAAAUGUCCAGAAAGCAUUUGUCAGCAGUGGGCUCAGCUAUGAUCUAAACAUCUCUCAGUCAACUUUGAUGCCAGCUGUUGAUGUAACUGCAAAGCUUAACAUCCCUGCUCUGUAUGCAAGUCAUCUUUAUUCUCGUGCGCUUGUGCAAGUGAGCCCCUUCCCUGUUGAAUUCACUGCUGUGCAAUGGGUCAGGAUCAGCCCUCUGCUUCGCUACCAGUAGCCAUAUAAGGUACAAAAAACCCACUGCAGUGUUCAGCAAAAGCUGACAGCCGAGGGCUUAGCUCUCUCCUCUUCCUCUGACCUCUCCCCACAGUUUCCUCGAGAGUCUUGCUGAAUCAAGGCCAGGUAUCUGGGCAUCAAGAAACACUACAGAUUGGCUAUAGGAAAAGCAGCGCUAGCGAA